UUGAGGUACUUAGUAUGAAUUAUUAACUUCUUAUAUUUAUGAUUGAAUGUAACCUAAUUAUAAGUUAGAAUAAUUCUCUUUAUAUUUUUUUCAAUGUGUAAAUAUGGAACAACAAUGGCCAGCUUUUAUGUGAACACCUGCAUGUACAACAAUGUAAGAAAAGGUAUUGGAAUUUCUAAAGCACACCUGCAACAAUCUUGGCUGAGCAUGCCAUAAGGUUCAUUUUUAAUUUCUUAUAGAUGCAGUAUAAUUGCCUGAAUAAAUCGUAUUGCACUCCUUUACUGAUUAUUGCGUCACAGUUUUCGUUUGCAUUGUUGUAUUAGUAUAUAUUGCCGUCAACAAUCGACUUUCGUCAAUGUGAAGAGAACUGAGCUUGUAGAAGUGUGUCGUAGAAGAGAAACUUUUGUGCUGUUAAAAGUCUUUUACAAUAACCAAAUCAUUAAUAAAUCUGUGAUACUAUCCACCACGUUCUCUGUUUUAUAUCUGAAUCAAGGUCUCUUCCUCGUGAACAAAUUUUGAGGAGAUGGAGGUUAGGCGAGAAAGCGGCUGUCCUGAGCAAGAUGGCGUCAGGUGCACGUGCACCGAAGAAUCGGUCCGUCUGAAUGAGCUGAGGGAGGAGAACCUCUUGUGUGACGCGGUGUUGAGGUUGGAGGACGGCGGCGUCUUUCGAGUCCACAGAGUGAUUCUGUCGAUGUUCAGCGAUUAUUUCAGGACCCUAUUCACCACAACACUGCACGCCAGUGAGGAGACUGAUAUUCUCCUCCAUGGAGUCAGAUCAGACGCGUUGAAGCAGAUACUGAAUUAUGUUUAUUUGCGGGAGAUAAACAUCCACUCCGACAACGCGUGUCAGCUGUUCGUGACGGCUAAGUACUUGUGUGUACCAGGCGUUGUUAAGCUAUGCGGAGACUUCCUCAAGGUGGCGAUGGACGCCGACAACUGCACCGGCAUCAUGCAGUUCGCAAGGUUUCACUUCUGCCCCGAACUUGACACUCACGCUCUUCGCUUCCUUCUGUACCACUUCGUGGAAGUGUCUCAUCAGAACGAAGACCUGCUGGAACUGCCUGCAGAGGAGCUGCAAGCAAUAAUCGGGUCAGAGGAACUGAACGUGAAGUACGAGAAAGAUGUGUGGGAAUGCGUUCUCCGGUGGAUUAACCACGACCCGGACAGCAGGAAAGAUCACAUCGUGGGCCUUUUAAAGGGCGUCAGACUAGGACUCCUUGACGCAAAGUAUUUCCUUCAGAAGAUAUCAAAUCACGCGUACGUGACGGAGAAUGAGGGGUGCGGACCCUUGAUCUUGGAGACGCACGCGUUCCUACGCGACGUGCAAAUGUUGACGAAGGAAGAAAACGCUGACAAGGAAUUCGUGACACCAAGGAUUGCCUACCCGCGAAUCCCACAGGAUAUUCUUUUUGCUAUUGGUGGGCGUUGUGACGGAAGGCCAACAGAUGUGAUCGAAGCUUACGACGCACGAGCAGAUCGGUGGAGUGUGGUGGAGGGGGUCGACUCGAUCGGACCGCGAGCCCGCCAUGGCACUGCAGUAGUCGGUUUCGACAUUUACAUCAUCGGUGGUUACGACGGCGAGGAAGAACUACGCUCAUGUCACUGCUUCAACGCUGUUAUGAAGACAUGGCGCGAGGUGGCACCUAUGAAUGUCUGCAGAUGCAGUUUAAUGGUGGCAGUUCUGCGAGGUGCGGUGUACGCCAUGGGCGGUGGCAUUGAAAUUGAGGAACUCAGAACGGCGGAAAAAUAUGACCGCAAGGCGAAUCAGUGGUCUUUGAUCGCUCCUAUGAACUUAAACCGACGGGAUGCAAGUGCGGCUGUCCUGAAUGACAAAAUAUACGUCGCUGGUGGAAAUUAUAUAUGUGGAUAUUUCAACUUGGUGGAAGUUUAUGACCCGGACACCAACCAGUGGACUUUCGUUGCAUCAAUGAUUUCUGAACGUACCGGUCUGUCUUGCGUCGCGUUCCACGGCUGUCUGUACGCCCUAGGUGAGAACUCUGGACAUUCUGAGUGAUGCUCCUGUAUCAUUCUUACAGAACUUGCUAUUGUGAAAUGUUUUCCUGGUUUUCUUUGAGUGCUUGAGAUUUUAUGAACAGCAAUUUUCUCCUGUCAUUACAGAGUUAAUUUGUCAGUAAUUUUAACCCCGAUUCGUGGUUUCGAUUACAUUCUCCAAAAAGAACACUAACUGACUAACAACGCAUAAUCUCUUGUGGUAUCUCAAAUAACGUAUACCCUAUUUUUCCCACAGACCCACUUUCACAGGUAAAUAUUUUGUACUUGUAGCAAGGGAAUUUCAGUUUGCCGUGCUGUUAUCCCCAAAAAGCCGGUGGU